AUGGCGCCAGUCACCCCUCCGAAUCCGCUACCGCCGGACGAGAACGUCAACCCGAUCCUCCUUGGUGUCUCCGGCGUGCUAAUCUUCUUUGUCAUAUUCACGACUUCAAUCCGACUCUACGUUCGCUUCGCAUUACGGCAUCUGGGAUGGGAUGACUAUCUUAUGGGAAUCGUCGCCAGUCUCGGUGUCGUCAGAUACGGCGUCCAGUGCGCGCAAGGGAACUCGGGAAAUGGGAGGCAUCGAUGGUACAUUUCGACAGAGGAAUACGUCAACAACAGCAUGCUUGGAUGGUUCGCGCAAAUACUUCUGUUCGCCAGUAUCUGCUUGCUCAAGUGCUCUAUCAUGCUCCUGCUGCUCCGCAUCAAAGACUCCAGCCGGCUUAAGUACUUUUUGUGGUCCGUCAUGGCUGGUCUGGUCAUCACCAAUUUUGGCGUCAUUAUCAUUCUACUCGCCGAGUGCGAUCCCGUCGACGCGUACUGGACAGGGAAUGGAGUCUGUUGGGACGCCAAGAUUCGGAUAUACUCGAUUUACUUGACUAUCUUAACUGCAAUUUGGUCCAACUUGGAGCUUUACCUCGGAAUUAUUGCUGGAAACCUGGCUCUUUCCAGGUCCCUCUGGUUCUACUUCUUUGGAGAAAAACAGCUCCCCAGCUCCCAUCCCUCAGCAUACGGAAACUCGUCGCAUCGCUCUCGAUCUGCGUACAACAACGGCAGCAGGUUACACGGCGACAACGGCGGUAACACCGAUACAUUCAUACGCUCGGAGCGCAGGCCCUCCUUAUCAAAGAGCGAUCACAGCGACAUCCCACUUGAACCAGGUAUCCAGAAGCGAACAGAAUUCUGGAUCUCGGAAGAGGACGUCGACAGCAGCGAUAGUCACGACGCGGCAGCGAUAAGAAGGACGACCAGGCAGGCGUCGUUAUGA